UAUUGUUAGACCAGGGGCACACUGACCAUUCAGGCACUCGGGCACUGGGGUCAGUAGGGGGCCCCAUGAGAUGCCCCUGGUACCUUUCAUAGGCUUUUUUUUGGGUGUGGUUUGAGUGUGAGCGAGGACACAGGGGUCCCAUGAUCCGCUAUUGCCCGGGGGCCCCAUGAGUUGUCAGUCCGCCCCUGUGUUAGACCUAUAUCUGCAUACAGGUCUAAUAGCACUUUUUUCUAGUUACCACACCAGGUAUCAGCAUUUUCUGGAGAUUUCCUCAGUAUCCACUGUUCAUCAGUCAUACUGCUUAAAAAAACUGUUUAUUAAAAUAAAAUGCCACUCACAUUUAAAAUACAUUCAGAAACAAGUGUUACCACACAUUUUGUCACUCCUG